GUUGAAGGUGGGAGGGGCCGGUGGAGGAGGCCGUCAACGGUAGAGCUCCCAGUGGAUGACAACCAGCUUAGCAGAGCAGCAGGAGAGCAAGGAGAAGCUGCUGGAGACACACAGUUAUUUUCCCGAGGGGGGGGGAAGAUCACACAAGUGUAAGCGUAGACAUGUUUGACGCUUCUCACUAUCCAUUCAACUGUUUCAACUAUGACGGAGACGCAUACGCUUCCUGUAGCAGCGAACAGGAGAAGAAGAUGUGUCGGCCCGCCUACAGCUACAUCGCCCUGAUCGCCAUGGCGAUCCAGCAGAGCCCCGAGCAGAGGGUCACGCUGUCGGGCAUUUAUGAAUUCAUCAUGAGGAGGUUCCCGUACUACCGCUCCAACCAGAGAGCCUGGCAGAACUCCAUCAGACAUAACUUGUCGCUCAACAGCUGCUUCAUCAAGGUUCCCAGGACGGAGGGCAACGAGAAAGGAAAAGGAAACUUUUGGACUUUUGCCACAGGAUGCGAAUCCAUGCUUGACCUCUUUGAAAACGGCAACUUUCGACGUCGCAGGCGUAGGCGGAACGUGAAAGUUGGCCUCCGCGACCCAGGAGAGGCCUCGCUCCGGCCCGCCGAGAGCCCCGGCAAGCAGCGCGCGCUUGCGGUCCACCACCCCGAGGCAGACUCCGACCUUCGCCCUCUGAACGCUUACAGACCUCGACCGUGCCCCACGCCAAACCCCGCCGUCCCAAAACCCGAGUCGGAGAUCAAGUUCAGCAUUGACUACAUCCUGUCGACCCCGGACCCGCCCGUGCCUGGGAUCAGAUCCUCACACGUAGGCCCGCCAGGACCGCCCUUACAUGUUCUGGAGCCCCAGCACCUGAACCUGCACUUCUGGACCCUGUGAGGGUGGCGGGCCUGGUUGAUUCUGGGGCAAACUGUGAGGAUUUUUUUUUUUUCCCAAAGACAAUAAUAAUUCCAUUGACUUUAAAUUGCAAUUAGAUGACAAACUAAUAUGUUGGCUUGGAACACAGAAAUAUAUUAAAAAAACAACAACUAUCGUGUCAUAUAUACUAAUACACGAAUUGAAAUAAGGUAAUGUUUUUGUCUGUUUUUUUACAUUGCUGAAUCCAAAAUCUUUUCUUUAACCAAAAUAUAGCUUUAAGGAAUAAUUAGCAUAUUUUGUCAGAUGUUGAUGUACCCGUCAGAUUCAAACAGAUGAUUUAAAAAAAAAAAACAUUAAAUAUUUAGAAAACAUUACUGAGAUUCCAAAGUAUUUCAUACAAAAUAAAUUUGAAAUCACGCAACAAACUUAGCCUCAUUACAAAAACACUAAGACUUAAUUGUCACAAUGGUUGCUUAUUCUCAUGUGGCUGUCGUUCUUUGCAGAGGAUAAAGAAUAUAUGACUGAGUACUGUUUCAAUUGAACAGUAAUGCUCAUUGUUUUAUGUUUAGUUUGACAGUAAACCUCCACCAAGAGUGGCAAUCAACAGCUUCAAGCCUGUUUCUUUGAAUAACGUAAACGCGGAAUGCCGUAAAUAUUGCACAAAGGCGGCUCAGAAUUAGCAUGUAGCGUGAAAGCGGACAUGACGGCUGGAGACGUGUUCCAAGCGCCUGCCUAAAUUCUUUCUUUGUCGUUGACCUUUGGAAAUCCUGAUUGACUGACACUUAAAUCCUAAUCCACCCGCUCCUUAUUAGAAUACAUGAUAUGCACCUUUUUGUUAAUGGAAAAAAACAAAACACAUAUUUCCUGCGCGAGGCAGAUCAAUCAUACUUGUGUGCCGCUGAAGGGACAUUUUUCAAUUUAACCUUUAUAUAAUGUGUUGACUACAUCAGAGAACACACUUAACAUGAGUGGCAUUUAAUAUAGCAUAACACUUGCAAGGUGAGGCCCAGAUGUGACCUUAUUUAAAUAGGUGUGGGGGGGCUUGCGGCUGAGCUUUAACAACGCCGUCCCCCCACUUCCACCACUUCUAAUUAAACACUUUAUACCUCCUUUGCAAAUGCCCCUCAUCGAUCUGUGAGAUUUUUAUUUUUUUUUUUUUGCAUGAGGUGCCCCCCAGCAAACGUCUGCAGCGGCGCCAGUGUUUAUGGAUCAGCAAGUUUCCAUUAAGAAAGUUGUUGAUGUCGAAUAGCGGGGGCCACGCCGUGGCUAUAUUUGGGUAAAUUAACUUAGCAUAAAGUGCUCCGAGGCUA